CUACACUUGACCCCCCAUCUACCAUCGCAUCGCACAUCCAUCUCUCUUGCUUUCAACAACAACAACAACCCUGUGAACAAGUCGACCAUACACACAUCAGCAACACCGACACGCACCCCUGCCUACCCCGCUCCCGUGCACACAACCCCCAAUGCCGCGAUAAGAGCCACCGCCCUCCACCACCACCACCACCCCCGACCUACCCACAACACCCCAUCGCACCAGCUCCCAUGUCCUGGCUCGGUGCGCCUGCGCCGGCCGGGCCGUCGCUCAACCCCCUGCGGCAGCGGCACGUCGCGUCGUCGGCGUCGGCAUCGUCGUCGUCGGCUGCGCCGUCGCCGGCGUCUAGACCCCCAGGGCAGCCUAGCCCCGGUCUAGCGGCUUCGGCUUCUGCUUCGCGCCCAACACGCGCCCGCCGACGUGGCAAGACCCCCGACGGCGGCGCGCACAAGCGCUCCGGAUCGCUCUCGACAGCGUGGUCGAUCGGCUCGCGCGGCUGGGUCCGCGAGGGGUUCCGCCGCUUCGGCGAACACUGCGCGCGCAACCAGAUCCGCACCCUUCUCAUCGACUGCCUCGUCAUGACGACGCUCUUCUACCCCUCCUUCGCUGCGUUUCUCGAAAAACACCUCGACAGCUCGGCGCUGGGACGCGCCCCGGCCCCCGGGGUCCGGCCAGCGCGCAACGCGCCGUUCGGGCUUUUCUCGACGCCCGUCAGAGAAAUAUUCCUCUCACCGCCUCCGCCCCUCCUCCCCCCCGUCGAGUGGGGUCCGUGGUGGGCGGCGGGUGAUCCCGGCUCGCACGACGCCGCGUGGGCAUCCGUGCGCAAAGGCGGCGGCGCCACUGCCACUGCCGAGGGCGACGGGGAAAUUGAUGUGCUCCGCGUGGUCUGGGCAGAUGUCGGGGUCGUGCUCGACGGCGAAACGCUCCCAGACUGGGCACCACGUGAUGAGCAGAUUGUCUCGGCCGUCCGCUCGCUUGCGGACGCUUGGCAAGACGGCGCCCGGUGCGUGCGCCAUCUCGUCGCGCAGGACGGCGGCGUAGAGCCAGCAGGCCCAUGCUACCUCCUGGUCCCCGACCUCACGGACGUCCCUGGCUCGACUCCUCUAUCGGCGCUCUGGGAGACGUUUGGGGAGGCAGUGGACGAGGCCGAGGUGGCCGACAGCCGCAAGGUGUACCACGGCGUUGCGGUACCGUUCCGCGUUGGGUCCAACCGCACGGCGUUUGAACAGGCGUUCGCCGCCCGGCUAGCGGAGGCAGUCGAGCCGCUGGGCGCCGAGCUGUUCACUGAGACAUAUUUGCCGAACGCGCAGAGCGCGUCGACGGUGUCGUUCUCCUCGACGCCCUAUCAGGCCGCCACGCACGACGACGUCGUGUCGUCGUCCCCGCCACGAAUCGUCUUUGUUGGCUAUGCCAUCCUCCUCUUCGCCCUUCUCUUCCAGCUCUCAAAUGUGUCCAAGGUGCACUCGCGCUUCGGUCUCGCCUUCACCGGCGUUGUCCAGCUGUGCUGCUCCGCGGUCAUGUCCUUUAGCGUGCUCGCCCUGCUCGGUUGGAACGGCUGGGGCUGGAGCAACCACCAGACAGUGCUGCCUACCUACGUGCUGCCGUUCGUCAUUAUCAUUGUCGGAGUGGAGAACAUGUCGGCUUUGACAAAAGCCGUCUUCUCCGUGCCAUUCGACCACUCGGUCCCGGUCCGCAUCGGCAUCGGACUCAGCAAGGUCGGGUCGACCAUCGCCCUUACUUCCCUCACCGACCUUGCUCUCCUCGGCAUUGUCUGGCUCUGCGUCCACCUCCGCCCAGUGCGCGAGUUCUGCGUCUUUGCGUCCGUUGUCAUCGUGACAGACUGGUUCAUGUUGAACACGUUCUUCCUUACUGUCUUGUCCAUUGACGCGCAACGUCUCGAGCUCGCAGACAUGCUUGCGUCCAACGGCGGACUCUCUUCGACCGAGGCCCAGCGCCGCGAGGAUGAAGCCGCCAAGCGGAGGGCUUCGCGGAAAUCGAACCGGUUCAGCUGGCGCACGGUUCUUCGUGGCCGCACCAUUAAGAGCGGCUCCCUCAUCCUCAUGCUCACAUGUGUUGGAGUCCUCUACUACUACACCGAGCGGGGACGGUCCAUCUCGAGCAACGCUGUCAACUUCUACGGCUACACUCCCACCACUACGUCGUCGGUAGCUGCCUCAUCACGACCCACAUCACAUCCCGGAACGGCUCUCAACCUCAACAAGCUGUCAGCCUCGCAGAUGCUCUGGCAGGCCUUGAACCCAGCUGGUCUGCCAUCAGUACGCGUCAACAUGCCCCCAUCGUCCAUCCUCGUCUUCCCCCAAACUGGCCACUCGAUGCUGCCUGCGGACAUUCGCAAGCUGGAAAUUCCAUACUGGAACCUUGUCCGCAGCCGUAUCCGCCCAUUACUGCAGUUUGCCCGGGCAGUCAUUGUCCCGCAGGCUUCUACAGCCUUGGCGCUCUACAUCCUCCUGCUCUUCCUUCUCAAGGACUCGGACCUCCUUGCUACCCAGCGUAGCCGCCUCGGGCGGAACCGCCUUGGACUUGGAGACGGCCAAGCCACGGACGAGGAGUCUGAUGACGGCGGAAGCACCAACAAGACGUCCAAGGCGGCCCUCGCAGCCAGCGUUAGCGUUCACAUGCUUCCUGCAAGCCACGAGAUGGACGUCGACGUCAUUGCCACGAGCAAAGAUGGUCGGCUUGCCGUCUCGGUCGGCGUAGACGACUCGAUCUGCAUCUGGCGCUUUGCCGAUGACGAGAGGUCGUCUGGUACCCGCGAAAUGGUCUCGUCUUCAGAACUUAACGAAGGCGACCCGAUCGUGAGCGCGGCUGUGGCAGACGACGGCGAAUGUGUUGCAAUUGCUACAAGGUCUGGCGCUGUACAGCUCUGGUCGACGGCUGGUGACACCAAAACUACUUCGCUGGGCGUCUGCCAAGUGGGUUGCUCGGGCGGCCGAGUCACGGGCAUGGUCUUCGACAACUCGCGCGACGGCAUCGACGACCCGUUUACAGCGUCGCCCCAAGGCUCGCAGGGUCGCCCACUGGGCCAGCCACAGCUCCUUGUGGCGUUGUCCAACGGCGCUGUGCGCACGUGUGCCGGCAACAGAGUUGUGGAUAUUAUCUCGGCUACCAACGCCGGCUCGAACGCACCGUCCCGUGUCGACCUGUUCGCUACCGACACUGGUCCCAUGGCCCUCGUGUCCACUGUUGAAGGCGUCACGCUCUGGGAAAAGAAGCACGGCGAGUGGAUUUCCGCGCCACUGGCGUCGUCUUCCGACGCCGCGGACCGUGUCACGGCUGUCGGCCGCGGGCGUGUCGAGUGGCACGAGCAGCUCACGGAAAUCGUCGUCAUCGGAAGACGGUCUGGCAGAGUCGAGGUGUUCGACUCGGACGGUGAGGCCGUCGCCGUCCUCACCCAGGCCAUCGACACUAUCCGCAAUGUUACCGUCGCGGCUCCCUUCGUGACACGGUGCACGACGUGCGACUCGCACUCUGCGGACGGCUUCUUCGUCAUUGCUUCGACCUCAACCCACACGUACAUUGACCGCGUCUUAUCACGCAGAGGCGUGCCAUUCUGCCGAUGCCCUCCUCCACGCCGGCCAUCGGUGCUGGAGGACACGCUCAACAAUCUGGGCCUCGGUGUCCACAGCCUCGCGGCUCGUUCAGACGGCGUUGUGGUCCCGCCUCUCGGCUUUGCCCUGCGCAACGUGUCUGGUGGCCUCUCAGCCCACCAGAGCACCAACGCGUCACCAAUGAAGAUGUCGAGUCUGCAGCCACCGUCCAAUGGCGACUUCCCGGUGUCAUCUCACGGUGCGCGGCGCUUGAGCGGCUUCCGUGACUCGCUAGAGGACAAAAGACCACCUUCGCCUCUGGACAGACAGACGUCAUUCACGGCUCUGUCGUCGUUGUCCAUGUCGGCUGUAGUUGACGACCCGUCGCCAACGACACGUUCACCCUGGGCUGACGUCGAGGUCGUCCCACUCGGCGCCAUCCUCGCUCGCCAUGGCGGCUGGCAGGUGCUCGACGACAACUCGCUUGUCGGCGUACGUCGUUCCGGAUCUGGCAUCGACGACUCGCAGUGGGAGCUCUGGGCCGUCGAUCUCUCGGCAGCUUGGAACGGGGUCUCGCUUAUUGUCGACCUGGCGUCCCUCGACAUUCUUGAGCGCCCGACGCAGACCCCCACUGCGCCGCGCCACACCGGGACGCACCUCGUGCCUCCUGGUGCUCCCGCAUCCCCUACAGACGGCGAAAUGUCGAUGCGUGCACGCCGAACCGAACGCAUGCUCAGCCUGAAUGGCCGCGCGUCGUUCCCCUCCUCCGUCGGCUCGUUCUCGGUGCCUACCCACCAGCCGCUCGGCUAUGUUGCCGUCCGCCCGGUCCGCGCCUCUGGCCUGCGUGCCAUGCUCGCUGGGUUUGGCAACCGCGUAGGUGUGCUGGCCAUGCCGGCGCUGGCGCCUGGCCGUGCGGCGGCGUCAUCCUCGACAGCCCCACCACGCCCCGCGAUCCCCGCGCCGACCAUUGCAAUCUCCACCCCUCGUAGAGCCCAGUUCCAAAACACGCCUCCUCCACGCCGUGCUGGUGCUGCCCCACCUGGCCGGCGCUCCAACCCGGGUGACGGGCCGCCCCCGAUCACCGUACCGUUCCCAAAGAGCGGGACAGAGAACGGCAACUUGUAAGCGUCUUCAGCUGAGGAUACAGUUGGGACGCGCGUUCGGUUAGUAUUGAUUCGGGGCCUCGGAUUAAACGGUAUUUUAACCCCACUGUUGUUGUAUUCACGCCGUGGCAUAGAGCGAGAUGAAUAUGUGC